AUGACUCAAGGUAAUCAGAUCUCCUUAGAAAAUGUACUUAAACGUUGUGGUGACUUUCGUCGAUAUCAAUGGAUUCAUUACAUAUUUUUGAAUCUGAUUGCUAUUAGCACCAGUCUUAAUGCUUAUUACUAUGUAUUUGGAGUUGCCGAGCCACCAUUCCGUUGUCGACUUCCGUUGACAACGUCGUCUGAUGAAGACCAAUUUCAAUCGAUUAAUAUGACUCAUCAAUUAUUCAUCGAUAAUCGGCAAUCGUCAACGACUUGUUGUGAAACUAUUAAUCGAACAACAUGCACCGAUUUCAUGUACGAUCGAUCAGUGUUUGGCAAAACAUUUACAGAAGAAGCCAACUUAAUUUGCACUCAUGCUGUGAAACGUACUUGGCUUGCAACCGUACUUCAAAUCGGAGCGUAA